AUGGCCAAGGGUGACGUUAACCAGGGCGAUAAGUCCGUCUUCGGCAUGCCCGGAUUCGUUGUCGACUUCUUGAUGGGUGGUGUUUCCGCUGCUGUCUCCAAGACCGCCGCUGCCCCCAUUGAGCGUGUCAAGCUCCUCAUCCAGAACCAGGAUGAGAUGCUUAAGCAGGGUCGUCUUGACCGCAAGUACAACGGCAUUGGUGACUGCUUCAAGCGCACCAUUGCCCAGGAGGGUACCGCCUCCCUGUGGCGCGGUAACAACGCCAACGUCAUCCGUUACUUCCCCACCCAGGCUCUUAACUUUGCCUUCCGUGACACCUACAAGUCCAUGUUCGCCUACAAGAAGGACCGUGAUGGAUACGCCAAGUGGAUGGCUGGUAACCUUGCCUCCGGUGGUGCUGCCGGUGCCACUUCCCUCCUGUUCGUCUACUCCUUGGACUACGCCCGUACCCGUCUGGCCAACGACGCCAAGUCCGCCAGUGGCGGUGAGCGCCAGUUCAACGGAUUGGUUGAUGUCUACAAGAAGACCCUCGCCACCGACGGUAUUGCCGGUCUCUACCGUGGUUUCGGUCCCUCCGUUCUCGGAAUUGUUGUCUACCGUGGUCUGUACUUCGGCAUGUACGACUCCAUCAAGCCCGUUCUCCUGGUCGGUCCUCUUGAGGGCUCUUUCAUCGCUUCCUUCUUGCUCGGCUGGACUGUCACCACUGGUGCUGGUGUUGCUUCUUACCCUCUGGACACUGUCCGUCGUCGCAUGAUGAUGACCUCCGGUGAGGCCGUUAAGUACUCCUCCUCCAUGGAUGCUGCCCGCCAGAUCAUCGCCAAGGAGGGUGUCAAGUCUCUCUUCAAGGGUGCUGGUGCCAACAUCCUGCGUGGUGUUGCCGGUGCCGGUGUCCUGUCCAUCUACGACCAGGCCCAGCUCCUCCUCUUCGGAAAGUCCUUCAAAUAA